AUGAGUAACGAAGACUUUCUGCUUUCUAAAUCAAAGUUGGGCACUAAAGAGUAUUGGAAUGAUUUCUAUAAACUAGAACAAACAAAUUUCCAAUCCAACAGUGAGGAUACCGGUGAAUGUUGGUUUGAUGAAUCAGAUGCUGAAAACAGAAUGAUUGAUUUUUUGGUCAGCAAUUUCCAAGAAUUACCUACUAUUAAUGAAGACUCGAAGAUAAUUGAUUUGGGAACGGGGAAUGGACAUUUAUUGUUUGAACUAUAUCAACAUGAAGAUGAGGUUUAUGUUAACAAUCGAUUAAUCGGGUUAGACUAUUCGGAAAAUUCCGUAAAUUUUGCCAAAGAUAUUGCUAAAAGUAAAAACUUGGACAAUAUACUUUUCUAUCAAGUAGAUUUCCUCACAAAGUACAAGGAGUUUUGGGGAAAUGAAAUUUUUCAAAAUGUUGAUGUCUUUUUAGACAAAGGUACACUAGAUGCGAUUGCCCUUAAUGAUGCAAAAUAUCCAUUUGAAGAUGGAAAAUCAUAUUUAGGAUAUGAGCUAUAUCCUAGGAUUAUUGAGAAGUCCAUUAAGCAAGAGGGUAUUAUUCUUAUAACAAGUUGCAAUUUCAGUGAAGAAGAGUUAGAGAAAGUUAUUCUAGAAAAUAGCACCAGGCUUAAAGUCUGGAAGAAAAUUAAAUAUCCUAGUUUCCAGUUUGGUGGUGUUAAAGGUUCUGCUAUUUGUUCCAUAGCAUUUAUAAAAGAGUGA